ACCCUGCCCAGGCGGGGCCCGCCCGACUCCAGGCCGCCUAGAAAACUCGUCCAUAUUCCCCCAGCGCCUUAGGCACCUUCCCGGAGCAAGGACAGCAGCGCCUGGGAGCCUCCCGUCCCCCAUCAAAAUGGGAUUUAUUUUUUCAAAACAUAUGAAUGAAAACAUGAAACAGCAACAGGAAUUUAUGCUCAUGAAUUCUCGGCUUCAGUUGGAAAGGCAAUUAACGAUGCAAAAUGAAAUGAGAGAAAGGCAGAUGGCCAUGCAAAUUGCUGGGACAAGAGAAUUGCUGAAAUAUUUUGGGGCAUUUUUUGGCAUUGCUGCUGUUGGUCUCACAGCUGGAGCAAUUAAAAGAAAGCAACCAGGCCUCUUCCUCCCUGUUAUCCCAUUAAGCUUUAUCCUUGCUUAUCAAUAUGAUAUGGGCUAUGGAACCCUUCUGCAGAGGAUGAAAGGUGAAGCAGAGAACAUACUGGAUACGGAAGACAACAAGCUGCAACUGCCAAGAGGAAUGAUCACUUUUGAAACCGUGGAACAGUCCAGAAAAGCUCGGAGCAAAUUCUUUGUAGAAAAAUGAAGGUGGCUUCACUAGACUGUACUCAAAGCACAAAAUAACUUGGUUGAAUCAUGGGGUUUUUUAUUUAAUUUUUAAUGCUACCAAUAUUUUGGAUAUAAUGUGGUUUGUAAAAAAAAUAGAACUUAUCAUGUCUAAAAUAUAUUCUGCAUUUUACUUCAUGGACAAUAUCUCUGUUUUUCACAUUUUUUGGAUAUGUGUGCUGAAACCUCUGAUAAUACUUAAUGUGGCUCACAACUUUCCCAGUUGCCAACUGGGUCUUAAUAAACUAGUGGCUUCAAAACUGU